UGUCCGGUCACCCUCCACGCUCCAAUAUAUACCAGCAAGGUAGAGUCAUCCAUCCAGGGGGUGUAUUUAACAACAAUCCUGAACUCCUCGCUGCUUCACGCCUACGCCGACGAACCCAACUUCUCGCCGGAGACAUUAGAGACCUAUUGGAUCUAGAGAGAGAGAGAGAGAGAGCGCAUCGAAUGUUGCAGGAGGCGAAGAGAUCGGGGCUGCCGAUCAGUAGAUCUGCAGCAGGAUCUCGCAGGCGGCAGAUCCAGAAGACGUUCAACAACAUCAAAAUCACGAUCCUAUGCGGCUUCGUCACCAUCCUUGUGCUGCGAGGCACCAUCGGCGUCGGAAACCUAGGCGGAGUUUCAGACGCUGACGCCGACCAGAGGGUCGUCGAGGACAUCGAGCGCAUUCUGCGUGAGAUCCGCUCCGAUUCUGAACCAGAUGAGGUUGUUGAUAUUCAGUUCUCCAUUGAUGCAGCUGUUAACAUCACCACAGCCGAUAACGUCACACUUGCUGGAGCGGACGCUGCGGCCUAUGUUGCGGGUAAGAGCUAUAAGUUGGGUCCUAAGAUCUCUGAUUGGGAUCAGCUGCGAAAGCAGUGGCUGGUCGCGAAUCCUGGAUUUCCUAAUCGAAUUGCUGGAGGGAAGCCGAAGAUUUUGCUCGUUACAGGAUCACCGCCCAAUCCUUGCGAUAACCCUAUUGGUGACCAUUAUCUUCUCAAGGCGACCAAGAAUAAGAUCGACUAUUGCCGUAUUCACGGGAUUGAGAUCAUCCACAACAUGGCUCACCUCGAUCGCGAGCUCGCCGGUUAUUGGGCCAAGCUCCCGUUGAUUCGUCGCUUGAUGCUCUCGCACCCGGAGGUGGAGUGGAUCUGGUGGAUGGACAGUGACGCGCUUUUCACCGACAUGGCCUUUGAGAUACCGGUAAGCAAGUACGAGGGCUAUAAUCUUGUUAUCCAUGGCUACCCUGACCUCCUCUUCGAUCAGCAUUCUUGGAUCGCGCUCAAUACUGGGAGUUUCCUUUUCCGGAAUUGUCAAUGGUCGCUAGAUUUGCUGGAUACCUGGGCGCCUAUGGGUCCGAAGGGACCAGUGAGGGAUGAGGCUGGUCGGAUUCUUACUGCCAGUUUGAAAGGGCGGCCAGCCUUCGAGGCUGAUGACCAGUCUGCACUUAUCUAUCUUCUUCUCUCUCAGCAGGACACAUGGGGUACUAAAGUUUUCAUAGAAAAUUCUUAUUACCUGCAUGGAUUCUGGGCUGGACUGGUGGAUAAGUAUGAGGAAAUGAUGGAAAAGCAUCAUCCAGGUUUGGGUGAUGAAAGAUGGCCUUUUGUGACCCAUUUUGUGGGAUGCAAGCCCUGUGGUAGCUAUGGGGAUUAUCCGGUAGAGAGAUGCAUCAGCAGCAUGGAAAGGGCAUUCAAUUUUGCUGAUAAUCAGGUUCUUCAGAUGUAUGGUUUUGCACAUAGCGCUCUGUCAAGUCCAAAGAUAAAGAGGAUCAGGAAUGAAACAUCUACGCCUUUGGAGGCCAAAGAAUAAUAUAACCGUCGGGCUAAAGUAAAAAGUGGAUGACCUGGAGUGGAAGGUUUGAAUUAUAAUUUCAUUGCCAUUAAGAGGUCAGUUCCAUGGCCUUUGUUGUGUUAUAUGAGAAUUAACUUUCUGGAAUUUGUAAUUUAAGUUCAAGGCCUUCACUUUUUUUUGUUUCUUUUGAUAGCAUUCAGUGUUGCAUUUUUUUAAUCUUAGUUAGUGCACA